AUGGCUUGUUACGCUUGGAACAUCCUGGUGGCUGCCAUUUUCCAGCCUGCGCGGGUUCCAAGCAUGGCCUGGUGGCCUUGCACGUUGGCCAUGACGUUUUUGCAGAAUCUGACGCCCAGCCAGCUGCUGUUUGCUGCAGCAGCACUCCGAAUCAUUUUGAUUGUCGUGGCUGAGGUGCAGGACGUGUUGGCUGAGGUGCCUUAUACGGACGUGGAUUACCAGGUCUUUUCCGAUGCGGCUGAGUCUGUUUCCUUGGGGCUGAGCCCAUACAAUGGCCGAACAGCCUUACUUGCCAACGAAGCCACGCGCUACAGAUACACGCCACUCCUAGCCUACAUGCUUCUGCCGAAUCUCUGGGUCAAAGCGUGGGGCAAAGUCUUGUUCUCGUCUCUCGAUGUGGUCGCUGGAGUUUUGCUGAUUCGGGGAUGUCUUGGCCAAAGUGGAGACAUUCGAUUUAGGCUGGCUCUCUGGCUCUUCAACCCCUUCUGCUUCACAAUCUCCACACGCGGAAGUGGAGAGUCCGUGGUUGUGUUUCUGGUGUAUGCUUUGCUGUACUUCCUGGAGUCGAAUUGGCAGCUGAGUGCUGUGAUCUUCGGUUUGGCCGUGCACUGGCGAAUGUAUCCGGUGAUAUAUCUGCCCGCUCUGGCGAUGCACCUUCCCUUUCGCAAGCUGCUAGGAUUUUGUCUCGUAUCCUUCAUGACCUUUGCUUCGCUUGCGCUGGUCUUCUAUCUUCUCUAUGGCAUGGAAUUUAUUGAGUGCGCCUACCUUCACCACAGCAAAAGGAGGGACCCACAGCACAAUUUCUCGGUCUAUUUCUAUCCCACAGCUCUGUACUUGGAGGCAGGCAUCGGAUUUGAUGUGGCACGCUUUGCGGCUCUUCCACAACUGCUGUUGUGCACCUUGCUGGGCACAUGCUCCGCGGUCGACCUGCCGCAAACGUUUCUCCUGCAAACCCUGGCGUUUGUGGCCACCAACAAAGUGGUGACGGCGCAAUACUUUGUGUGGUGGCUCUGCCUGCUGCCCGCCAUGUCGCCCGGAAAGCGCCUCCUGCGUGGCUUGGCGCUUUGGAUGGCUGCGGAGAUCCACUGGCUGCUCUGGGCCUAUCUCCUGGAGUUCCGGCAGCUGCCGGUGCGGCCGGGCGUGUGGCUGGCCAGCUGUAGCUUUCUUGGAGCCCAGCUGCACCUGCUGUGGCAGCUUUGGACGGUUCACCCGGAGUACUUCUUCGAUGUGUUGCGGCCAGCCCUGGCAGCCACUGGGCGAAAUCUUUGGAGGGCGCGGCUUUGGGUGGGUCGCGGAGCAUCGGAGCGCGCUCCGCUUGGAAGGCGACGCCUUCCCUGA